AUGGAUAUCAUGGUGAACAGUUCAUAUAGGAUGAAAAUUACGGUGAACAAUUCAUUUGAGAUGAAUAUCACCAUGAACAGUUCAUUUAAAAUGAAUAUUACGCAGGAUGAGACUAGUACUAGACCUAAAUCUGCUCCUUCUUCCUCGAGCCCCAGGGAGGGUAGAGAGGAGACAGAAGAGAUUCUAGACAGCAUUCUUCCCCCCAGAGAAUGGGAAGAAGAGGGGAAAUUAUGGAGACAGAGUGUUUCAAGUACACCUGCAACCAGGUUAGAUGUGAUGAACUUACAAGAGCAACUUGAUCUUAAGCUGCAGCAAAGGCAAGCACGUGAAACUGGAAUAUGUCAGACUCGACGUGAACUAUAUGCUCAAUGUUUUGAUGAACUGAUCAGACAGUCCACAAUUAACUGUACUGAGAGAGGACUUCUCCUGUUGAGGGUUAGAGAUGAACUGAGAAUGACCCUUCAUGCUUAUCAGGUUAGUUUGGGAUGAGAAAUAUAUUUUUUUUCGGCAACUCU